UCACGAAGAUCUCAGAACUAUUGCUGGUGUAACAUAUGUUUCAUUUCGUGAGGCAUGUUAUGCCUUGGGAUUACUGGAUGAUGACAAGGAAUUUAUUGAUGCUUUCAAGGAAGCAAGCUUCUUCUCUUCAGGCUUUUACAUGAGAAUUUUAUUCGUUAUUCUUUUGUGGACGGAGUCAAUGUCUAGGCCCGAAUUUGUAUGGCAACAUUGCUGGAGGUACAUGGCGGAUGACAUACAACACACACGAAGACGAUUGUUGCAACAUCCAGAACUGAUUCUUUCUGAUGACCAAUUGCAAAAAUUAGCUUUGGCUGAAUUGGAGAAAUUGUUGCGUGGUCGAGGAAAGAGUUUGCGAGAUUACCCUCCGAUGCCAACGGUUACGAUGGAUUCACUCCUUUCUUCCAAUGACAGGAUGAUAUAUGAAGAGCUGAGCUAUGACCGGACCGCAAUGGCUGAGGAGCAUGCAACAUUGUUCGGUUCCCUUACGGAUGAGCAACUGUGUGUUUAUGAAACGAUAAUGCAUUCUGUGGAAGAGGAAGCUGGGGGUGUUUUCUUUGUGUAUGGGUAUGGUGGAUCCGGAAAAACAUUUGUUUGGAAGACACUUUCUGCCGCCCUUAGGUCUAAGGGUGAGAUCGUCCUUAAUGUCGCAUCGAGUGGGAUUGCUUCCCUGCUUCUACCAGGUGGACGCACUGCGCAUUCUAGAUUCGCGAUCCCAAUUAGUUUGAAUGAAGACUCCACGUGUAAUAUUAAGCAAGGGAGUCCUCUUGCUAGACUUAUUGUACGAUGUAAACUGAUUAUUUGGGAUGAGGCUCCAAUGCUGCACAAAUUUUGUUUUGAGGCAUUAGAUCGCAGCGUGAGAGAUAUUAUGCAGUUUCACAAACAAAAUAGCGUGUCUGUGCCUUACGGUGGCAAGACUGUGGUAUUCGGUGGUGACUUUCGCCAAGUCCUCCCUGUGAUACCUAAUGGGAGCAGACAGGAUGUUGUCAAUGCCACCAUAAAUUCCUCUUAUUUGUGGUCUAAUUGCACCGUCCUUCGUUUGACCAAAAACAUGCGUCUGCAAAAUUUGACAAGUGAGGAUGAAUCAUAUGAUUUGAAGAAGUUCUCGGAGUGGAUUGCGAGUAUUGGUGAUGGCGUUUUGGGUGAAGAAAAUGAUGGAUUUGUGUCGAUUGAUAUUCCAGAGGAUCUGUUGAUUCACACAAAUGCUAAUCCUAUAGCCGCCAUUGUGGAAAGCAUUUUCCCAGAGUAUGUAGCAUCAGCAAAUGACGUUAGUUGUUUGCGUGACCGUGCAAUAUUGGCCCCAACACUUGCCGUAGUUGAAUCUGUUAAUGAUUAUAUGAUGGGUCUCAAUGUUGGCGAAGUUUCUAGGACAUAUCUUAGUUCCGACAGUGUGUCAAAGGUGGAUUCUACUACCGAUCUAAUGGCAGAACUACACACUCCCGAAUUCCUUAACAGUAUUAAGUUAUCUGGUGUGCCGAAUCACAAGUUGACGUUAAAGGUUGGGACCCCAGUUAUGCUUCUCAGAAAUAUAGAUCAUUCAAUGGGGUUGUGUAACGGCACUCGACUGAUCCUCACCAGGCUUUGCGAUCAUGUCUUGGAGGGGAAAAUUUUGACUGGUCUAAGUUCUGGACAAAAAGUGUUGAUUCCUAGGUUGUCCUUGACUCCGUCAGAUGCCAACUUGCCUUUCAGGUUUCAGAGGCGACAAUACCCCAUUAUGAUUUCAUAUGCAAUGACUAUAAAUAAAAGUCAAGGUCAAUCGUUGUCCCGGGUGGGGUUGUUGCUGAAGAAACCGGUGUUUACUCAUGGACAGCUUUAUGUUGCGGUUUCGAGAGUGACCAACAGACGUGGUUUGAAAAUACUUAUAUGCAAUGACAGCGGAACAACGGCUAAUUCCACUCAAAAUGUGGUGUACAAGGAAGUUUUCAAUAACCUCUGAAGUUGCAUAGAUUGCGUUUUAACCCCCCCCCCCCCCCCCCCCCGGUCUUUUGCCGAAUUGUUUUGGUUUAGUUUGUUAUUUCAUUCCUUUGUUUAAUCUUUGCUUAAUCUUGAAUUCUGUACUUGCAACGGUGCUAUACUCCAAAGCAUUGUUUUUGUUAGUAAAAAUUCCUUUGUGAUGAUGGUGUUAAAAACAAUGAUAAAUACUCCCUCUGUCCCACUUUGUAAGAUAGAUAUCUUUACUAUUCACUUGGUAAACACAAA